UAUAAUGGAUAGACUUUCUUUUCCCUUAGCUGAAAAAUAACUCUGCUGAAAAGAAAAUUUCCUCAAAUUUAUUAUUUCUGUUUUAUUUAUCUUUAGUCUUAUAUAUACAGAAAUUUUUUUUUUAUUCACAAAAACAAUAAAAAUGAAAACAAAACUAUCAUGGAGCUGGAUUACAACCAAAAGAUUAAUGAAGACCGACAGUCCACUUUUUGAAGAGGGAAAUAUUAUUUGUUGCUUAGCAACAAAGCAUGUUACCUAUAAAGAAGAUGUGGACGAUAUUCUUGAAAGGAAACCAAUAUUUAACUGUGGUAUAGGAACAUGUGACAAAUCCUUCCAGUCCUUAGCUGAAUAUGAAUCCCAUUACAACAGUAUCCAUAGGAACGUUUGUAGUAUCUGUAGAAGAUUUUAUCCAUCCAGUCACCUGUUAGAUAUACAUCUGUUAGAGUGGCAUGAUUCCAUGUUUGAAUUAAUGGCUGAAAAACAACACAUGUUUCAGUGUCUUAUUCCUACCUGUAGUAUGAAGUUAGCCAAUCGAAAACAAAGAAAAAAUCACAUGAUAAAGGUUCAUAAAUAUCCUAGCAACUUCAGGUUUGACAGAGAGAAGACAUCAAAUAAAAGUUCAAACACCAAUAAAAAAAUUAGAACAUCUAUAACCAUGGAAACAACAGUAAAUACCAGUAAAGAGAACAAACAGGAAUUACUAGAUAAAAUUCCAUGUGGAACCUCAACAGAAUUCAUCUCCAUGGAAACAGAAAGGGAUAACAGUAAUGACCAUGGACUAAAACUGCAAGAUAAGAGUCGUCCAGGAAUGUUGACAGAAUCUGUGUCAAUGGAAACAGAAGUUGACAAAGAGAACAGACCUAAACUAAAGUUCAGCUAUAGAGUACCUCAGAAUUUUUCUUUUGGACAUGGUGUAUCUAAAGGAUUUCAGCGGUCGAGAGGACGAGGUCGUGGAAGUAAAGCUAAACAUUGGCACAAUCAAUUACCAGAAAAUAAAAACACAGAAAUGGACAUUGAAAACAUAGAUAUGAAUGAUCUGAAUGAAGCUUUAAACACAACAUAGAAUAACUGUUAAUUUUAAGGGGAUUAAAAUAAAAGUUUGUCUGAACCAUG